AUGUUGGAGGCACGACUCGAACAAGCUAGCAUCCUCAAGAAGGUCGUCGACGCCAUCAAGGACCUCGUCCAGGACUGCAACUUUGACUGCAAUGACUCGGGCAUCGCGCUGCAGGCCAUGGACAACUCGCACGUGGCGCUGGUGUCGAUGAUGCUCAAGGCCGAGGGCUUCUCCCCGUUCCGAUGCGACCGCAAUAUUGCGCUCGGUGUGAACCUGACGUCGUUGACCAAGGUUCUGCGGGCGGCACAAAAUGAGGAUAUUCUAACGCUCAAGGCCGAGGAUGCACCCGACGUGCUCAAUAUUGUCUUUGAGAGCAGCGAGAACGACCGCAUCAGCGAGUACGACCUCAAGCUCAUGGAUAUUGACCAGGAGCACCUAGGCAUUCCCGAGACUGAGUACGCUGCCACCAUCACGAUGCCCUCGGCCGAAUUCCGCCGUAUCUGCACUGACUUGUCGGCCAUGUCCGAGUCGGUCGGCAUCGAGGCCACCAAGGACGGCAUCAAAUUUUUCUGCAACGGCGAUAUUGGCAAUGGCUCCGUCACGCUGCGCAGCCACACCAAUGUCGAGAAGCCCGACCAGAACGUCGACAUUGAGCUGACGGAACCCGUCUCCCUCACCUUUUCUCUCAAAUACCUUGUCAACUUCUGCAAGGCCGCGGGCCUGUCUGGCCAGGUCAAGAUUUGCCUGUCGAGCGAGGUGCCGCUGCUUGUCGAGUACAACUUGUCAGGCAGCAGCUACCUUCGCUUCUACCUGGCUCCCAAGAUUGGUGACGAAGAGUAA